AUGGCGGCCAAUAACAAGGAAAAGCAGACAUCAGCUGCAACUCCUCCAAAGUCGUACAGGCCAUCGUACAAUCGUCAAUUCAUCGGCAGUGCUGUCUUUUGCUUGGGAAUUUUGGCUUUCCUACGUCAUACAACCGCCCCCAUCUCGUCGUCAUGGCACCUUCCUCCAGACUUAAGCAACGCCAAGUCUGGAGCGCAAUGCCCACAAGUCGAACCCUUGUUCCCGACAAAGAGAACGAAAGAGUUGGAUGAAAUGGAGAGCUACCUGACAUCGGAUGCUUUUCGUGAUGUUGCAAUUAAGCGCCUAUCGGGUGCUGUCAAGAUUCCCACGCAAAGCUACGAUGACAUGGGCGAGAUCGGAUCUGACCCGCGAUGGGAUAUAAUGUACUCUUUCGCAGACUAUCUUGGAAAAACCUUUCCGCUCACGCACGCGACAUUGCAAUUGGAGAAGGUCAAUACGCAUGGGCUGCUGUAUACGUGGGCUGGCACGGAUGCAAGCUUGAAGCCUAACUUGCUCAUGGCGCAUCAGGAUGUUGUGCCGGUUCCGGAUUCUACAGUCAAGCAGUGGACCUACCCGCCUUUCUCAGGUCAUUAUGACGGGAAGUUUGUUUGGGGUAGGGGUGCGAGCGAUUGCAAGAACCAGUUGAUGGCUAUUUUGAACAGCGUCGAGGCGUUGAUUUCCGCUGGCUUUACUCCUCAGAGAACAUUGAUCUUGUCGUUUGGAUUUGAUGAAGAAAUCUCUGGUCGGGAAGGUGCGCAACACCUUGCGAACUACCUGGUCAAGAAACUUGGACACAACUCCAUCGCUGCCAUCGUCGAUGAAGGCGCAGUAAACGUUGAGAGCUGGGGGGCAAAUUUCGCAAUCCCUGGUGUCGCCGAGAAAGGCUACGUCGACGUUGACAUUGUCGUGCGCAUGCCUGGCGGCCAUAGCAGCAUCCCUCCACCGCACAACGGCAUCGGUGUCGCCAGCGAGCUCAUCACUUUGAUAGAAGCCAACCCUUACGAGCCUCAUCUUUUUGACGAAAACCCUUACCUAGGUCUUCUCCAAUGCGGUGCCGAGCAUGCCUCAGACUUUCCCCGCCAUCUAGGGAAACUGCUCGACAAGCGCUCUAAACGAAGUGCAGCAUGUUCGAAGAAACCAACAAAAGACGCUCUCGCACUUGAAGCAGCAAAAGCGGGCCCGGGCAUAAAAUAUCUCUUCACGACCUCCGUGGCAGUCGACAUAAUCCACGGUGGCGUGAAAACAAACGCACUUCCUGAGCGCACGCAGAUAACGGUAAACCACCGCAUAAACGUUGGUUCAAGCUCCUCGGAUGUUAAAGCACACAUCUCGUCCCUUGCAGCUCAGGUAGCGCACAAGUACAACCUCACACUGCAUGCAUUCAACGGCACAGAAACCCCCUCUAGCAUCACUCUCUCCCACGGACCCACAAUGCUAGAACCAGCACCCGUUACACCCACUUCUCUCCACACAUCUGCCUCUAAUAAGACCGUGACGCCAUACCAAAUUCUCUCGGGAACCACCCGCGCCCUCUACGGUAGAGAACUCCUUGUGAGCCCUGGUAUCAUGACUGGUAACACGGAUACGCGUUAUUACUGGGACUUGAGCGAGAACAUCUUCAGGUAUGGGCCAGGUUGGGAUAAGGAGCAGGUUGGUCUAGGAAAUAUCCAUACUGUCGACGAGAGAGUUGGAGUGCAAGCGCAUUUGGAUACCGUGAAGUGGAUGUGGGGCUGGAUUAGGAACAUGGAUGAGGCGGCUUUGUAG